AUUAAAAUUGUUUGGAGUGGAACACAGUAUAAAAGCGAUGUUUAGUUAGCUUUUAGCCAGCUAGCCGGCUCUAAUAACCCUAACUUUCUGGUGGAGCUUAGUAAAUAACACGUUCGUUUAUUUAUUUUUUAUUUAUUUUGCUUAUUUUGCACUGUUCUGUCCGUCUAGAAAAUGGCGUCGUUAACGGCGACGGAACUACCGAAUUCAAUACCAGCCGCAGAGUCCGUAGUGCCCGCUUGUAUGUUUGCACCGGACCGGGGAUGUGACGAGGAUCCAUCCGGCGGAGAGAGCUUCGAGGACGGCGAGUGCACUAACGGAGAGCCCGCGGGUCAUUUAGAUUUAAGCAGCAAGCUGGUCCUUGUGAGUCCAACGGGAGAACAGUACGACUCGCUACUACGACACCUGAGGGAGCGGAUAGAUGAGGGUUGCGGGGAGACCAUCUUUGUGGUGGGGAUGGGCUCAGAUGGAGGGGACUACGGUCUGGAUGAGAAGGACAUGGAGGCGUCGGUGGCCACGGUGCAGUCGCUGUGCGAGCAGAUUGAGGCCGACCUGAUCCUGCUGAGAGAGCGGACGGACAAUGGCGGAAAGAUUCUAGACUACCUCAUCCGCCGGCGUGUGGGCGAGCAGGAUUUCUUGGAAGUGAGGUAUGGGAAGCAGAAAAAAAAAAAAAUGACGUGUACUUUUACCUACUUGAUUAUCUCGUGUUUAUGGCCCCCCCGCGAGCGUGGCACGGUCAGGCAGGACAGCGUGGGCAACGACAUCCUCGGCUUUGACCAGGAAGGACAGGUUGUGAACAAGCCAGACAGCCACGGCGGGGGACUCGACUGGACCAAGAUCUGUGAGAAAUCCUCAAAAGUCAUCACCUUUAUCGAUCUGGCCGGCCACGAGAAGUAUCUCAAGACCACCGUGUUCGGCAUGACGGGACACCUGCCCGAUUUCUGCAUGCUCAUGGUUGGCAGUAACGCUGGCAUCGUCGGCAUGACGAAGGAGCACCUGGGUCUGGCUCUGGCCCUAAAUGUACCGGUGUUUGUAGUGGUCACGAAGAUAGACAUGUGUCCGGCCAACAUCCUGCAAGAAACGCUAAAAUUAUUACAACGGUUAUUAAAGUCACCGGGCUGCAGGAAAAUCCCAGUGCUGGUGCAGAACAAGGACGACGUCAUCGUCACAGCCUCCAACUUCAGCUCUGAGAGGAUGUGUCCAAUUUUCCAGAUCUCAAAUGUGACAGGGGAGAACAUGGACCUGCUGAAGAUGUUCUUGAACCUCCUCUCCCCGAGGACCAGCUACAGCAAUGACGAGCCUGCAGAGUUCCAAAUUGAUGACACAUACUCUGUACCGGGUGUGGGCACAGUAGUUUCAGGCACUACAUUACGUGGGUUGAUACGGCUCAACGACACGUUGCUCUUAGGCCCAGACCCACUCGGCACCUUCAUGCCCAUCACCGUCAAGUCCAUCCACCGUAAGAGGAUGCCUGUCAAGGAGGUUCACGGGGGGCAGACGGCAUCCUUCGCCCUCAAAAAGAUCAAACGAUCUUCCAUAAGGAAAGGAAUGGUGAUGGUUUCCCCGAAGCUGAUGCCACAAGCCACUUGGGAAUUUGAGGCUGAGAUUUUGGUGCUACACCAUCCAACCACAAUAUCGCCGAGAUACCAGGCCAUGGUCCACUGUGGCAGCAUCAGGCAAACAGCCACAAUCCUGACAAUGAACAAAGACUGUCUGAGGACGGGAGACAAGGCCACGGUCCACUUUCGCUUCAUCAAGACCCCCGAGUACCUGCACUGCGACCAGAAGCUGGUGUUCAGGGAAGGACGCACCAAAGCUGUAGGCACCAUCACCAAGCUUCUCCAGUCAGUGAUGACCCAGGCAGCUAAGGCCCAGCAGUCAAAGACUCAGGCCAAGAAAACAUUUAAAGACCCCAAUGAAGAGGCCGGAUCAGCGGCACGACCGUCUAGUCCUACAGCAGCACAGCUACCAACAGUGGCAGAGGAGGAGGCUCUCUGUAAAGAUGGCAACAAAGAAAACAAGCUCAAGUCGGGCGGAGGAGGAGGUCGCAGGAGAGGCGGCCAGAGACAUCGAGGGAAAGGCCUGAACGCCGCCACCAUGUCGACGCCGAUGCCAGCGGGAGCGGCAGGCACGGCCUAAAACCACAACCUCCUCGUCAGUCCGUCGCCAUCCUCCUACAGGUAGGAAAGGUGACUGUGUGACCCUCUGCUGUUUGUACAAAGACAGGCCAGUUUUGACAUUUUCUUUAACAAUAUAAGACAAUUUACUUUUAUUCCACUUGAAGUCAGUUUAAGGUUUUUUUUUUUUUCUUGGUUUGAGUUCCGGUGCAUUUACAAUCCAUAGAUACACAUAAGCUUUCCUAUCAUAGUACAGAUAUUUUCUUCUGGGGGUUGUUUGCCUUGUUCCAGCAGGGGCAUAUCAGUCACUUUUCCUUUUCCUGUCUCACGCCUCAGCAUUUUCAUUAUUAUUAUUAUUAUUUUAUUUUAUUUUAUUUUUUAUCUGUUGCUCUUUUCCUUUUCCUCCUCUUCCUUUCCUCAUUCUGCAUCAUUGUGAUCUCUUACGUCUGGGGGUGGCACACGUAGCACAGGUAGAAAAAAAAAGGGCUCAACUUAACUUUUUACAUGGGCACUAAAUAAAACAAUCACCGGUAAAAAGCCUUGGUCACAUAGUUAUAGUUUCAGGAGACUCGACGCUCCACAGAGAAGGAAAAACACAUUAAUUUCCCGAUUUUAUUAACAACAUUGGAAGAGAAACAAUUGAAGUGUUUGAUUUCCUUCCUCUCGGGCCAGUUCUGUUCUGCCUGAGGAGGUCGCAUGAGGUAUUUUGCGUUGUGGUUUUGGCUUGUAAGUAGUGCCCGUGUAAACACAGCCAGUAACACUGACACAAAUACCGUUCUCUAAAGAGCUUGCGUUGCAGUUUUACUAGAUUGAGUUUGAGAAGCCAAGAGAGAAGAAGUCUGAGUUGUCAGGGUUUUAACAUGCUACUUUUUUGACCUCUGUUUGAUGGGAAAUAUCUAUGGGCGAUGGCAAAACACUUCAAAAGCUGAUUAAGCCUCUUAAACAAAAAGCAUUUAUCAAAUAUCUUCAUCGCUUCAAUGCAAAGAAAAAUAAAAAAUCAUCAAAAGCCGAGGAAGAACGUAUUUAAAAUCUCUACAUUCAGAAGCACAUAAUCUCUUUGUACUAAGAAGGAGCAAGUUGUGACUAACUUCAAUGUGACGCAGAGAAAAAACUAUAUGUUUUUGUACAGUAAAUACUACACCAGUGAUUCAUACAGAUAUUUCUAUAUGGUUCAGUUUAGAGUCUACAGACCAAACCCCGAGACAGGAGCCGUAUGCCAUGUUCAUUAACUCGAGAGCUGAAGAACUCGUAUAUAGUGUCUAAUAAGCUAAACAUAAACCACUGAUCAAAUUAAAGGGAGCUACAACACAAAAAUCUCUACAAGCUUUUAUUUGCUGUGCAUUUUUUCUUUCCACUGGUUUUCCCUCCAACAUGUUUCACAUCGAGAAAGGAGACUAAACUGUGUUAAUGGGCUUAAUCUUUUCUCGUAUACAUCUCAUAUACGUCCUCAACACACCCAAGGAUCACAAACAAACCGAACUGUCACAGCAAUUCUCCUUUUGUUCUUUUUCAUCCGCCUGUUCUCUUAUCUUACCGAUGGUGCAUGGAUUUAUUUUUGGAAAAAACACAUUUUGUGUGUAUGUAUGUACAAAAUGCGAGUUGUGCAGAAGAACUGAGGAUAAAAAAGAAAAAAAAGGUGCCAUUUAAAUUAAGUGGUGCCAGUUUGUGUUGUAAAUCCUUUUAAAUAAAAGAUGUUAUAGAAAA